AUGGCGCCCCUUCCUGGUGUUUCACAUGAUUCUGGGUAUGUUUGCAAGCUCAAGAAAGUGUUAUAUGAUCGUAUCAUUCUGUCUUUAUAUGUUGAUGAUAUGAUUAUUACUGGUGAUGACAUUGAUGGUAUUUCAGUUUUGAAGACAAAGUUAGCUAGACAGUUUGAAAUGAAGGAUUUGGGUUCUCUACGAUAUUUCUUAGGUAUUGAGGUAGCCUACUCACCUAGAGGUUAUCUUCUUUCUCAGUCGAAAUAUAUUGCAGAUAUUCUUGAGCAGGCUAGACUUACUGAUAAUAAGACUGUAGAUACUCUGAUUGAGGUUAACGCAAAGUAUUCUUCUUCUGAUGGUUUACCUUUGUCAAAUCCUACUUUAUAUCGUACUAUUGUUGGGAGCUUGGGUAGAGUCUUUCAGAGUCUUUUACUUCCAUCCACCUCUUCCUUGGAGCUGCGUGCAUACUCUGAUGCUGAUCAUGGCAAUGAUCCUACAUAUUGCAAGUCUGUUAUUGGUUUAUGUAUCUUUUUGGGUGAUUCUCUUAUUUCUUGGAAGAGCAAGAAACAAUCUAUUGUUUCUCAAUCUUCAACCGAAGCAGAAUAUCGUGCUAUGGCAUCUACUACCAAAAAGAUUAUUGCAGAUUUCUUUACCAAGUCGCAUUCUAUUUCCCGUUUUCAUUUUCUAGUUGGCAAACUCUCGAUGCUUGUAGCUGCCGCAUCAUGA